AUGGACUCACUGCUGGAGAAGUUUAACAGCAAGCGCACAAGCACGCACGAAAAGCCCCUCCAAAGAGCCCGCAUCAAUGAGGACUUCGAGCAAGACAACGCCUUCGCGCUGGACUUCGACAAGAGGGAUUACUCCCCGCAGUACCACUUCCUGUACCAGUACAGACUGACCGUGCUCAAGAACCGCAUCAGGGAGCAGUGCUAUAAGAAAUGGGACGCCGGGUUCCAAUUGAACGGUAAAGAGGUCGUCGAGAAGAAAAAUGUCCUCGAUAUACAGGGCAAAGAGCCCUGCUGGUGCAUUGGUACCAUAUACAGAGAGAUGAAGUAUAAGCCCAACGUCCUGGAAGAGGUCAUGAACGACACUUACGGCACAGUCGACAUAAACCCUGAGAGUUACACAGACCCCGACGGAACAGACGAGAUAAUGUUGGAAGACGAAAGUGGUAGACUGAUCCUAGUAGGCGAUAUGAUUGCAGAGACACCGUUCAUUACCGGCACUGUGAUAGGUGUUCUGGGUAUGGAAGCUGAUGCGGGUACUUUCCAGGUGCUUGACCUAUGUUACCCGAAAGCCCUUCCACAGGAGCCUAUGCCAGCCGCUACGUCGAAGGGUAAAAUUGCCCUUGUCUCCGGUAUAAACAUCUCCACAACAGCACAAGAACGUGUGAUAAAGCUGCAACUGUUGCAAGAGUACCUGAUGGGUAGGCUAGGUAACGAAGAAGCUGUCGCUCAGAUUGGUAGGUUAUUGAUCUGCGGUGAUUCCAUAGAUUUUAACCCCAGCUCCGAAGACCCUGGGGCGUUAGUGAACAAACUAGAUGAAUUCGGCAAGUUUUUGGGGAACACUUUACAAUCUAUAUCAAUUGACAUUAUGCCUGGUGCCAACGACCCCAGCGAUAGGACACUUCCGCAACAACCAUUGCAUAAAGCAUUAUUCCGUGAAAAUCUGGGCCAGUAUUUUGAUAAAGUGAAUGCUAACUUGUUGAAUCUGGUGACGAAUCCGUAUGUGUUUAGUAUUAAUGGCCUGGAGUUACUCACCACUGCGGGACAGAACAUCACAGAUAUUUGCAAGUACGUCAUACCUGCAAAGUCGGACACGGAGUCCACUACAAACGUCUCUACAGAUGACACGGAUGCCAAGUGUGCCAAGACCACAGAGCAUAUAUUAGACUUGAUGGAGUGUACGUUGAAAUGGCAGAACAUUGCACCCACAGCUCCAGACACCUUGUGGUGUUAUCCUUACAAAGACAGAGAUCCAUUUAUUCUGAAUAAAUGGCCUCACGUGUACAUAGUCGGCAAUCAGCCAUACUUUGGUACCAGGAAAGUGAGCUUGGACGGUGUCGAAGUAGUUAUGAUAUCAGUGCCUACAUUCAGCGAAACAGGUCAGAUAGUGCUCUUGGAUCUCGAAGACUUGAGCACGGAAGUAGUAACGAUAGGUAGUAUUUAG